AUGGGCUUCCUCUCUGCGUUCGUAUGCGUCGCUUUGGCCAGUGGGGCCUUCGCUCAGGCUGCCUUCCCGGACUGUGUCAGUGGGCCUCUCGCCACCACAACAGUCUGCGAUAUCACUGCAAAUCCAGUUGAUCGCGCGGCCGCUUUGGUCAGCCUGUUCACCUUUGACGAAAAGGUUAACAACACUGGCAACACAAGUCCGGGCGUUCCUCGCCUCGGAUUACCGGCAUAUCAAUGGUGGCAGGAAGGACUGCACGGUGUCGCGGAGUCACCUGGUGUCUACUUCGCAGAGUCAGGACCGUUCAGUUACGCGACGUCGUUCCCCCAACCUAUCCUCAUGAGCGCUGCGUUCGACGACCCCAUGAUUUACAAUAUCGCGACGGUCAUCAGCACAGAGGCGCGUGGCUUCAAUAACAACAACCGCUCCGGGCUCGACUUCUGGACGCCCAACAUUAACCCGUUCAAGGAUCCUCGCUGGGGCCGAGGGCAAGAAACUCCGGGCGAGGACCCAUUCCACCUCCAAUCAUACGUCUACAAUCUGAUCACUGGCUUGCAAGGCGGAUUAGAUCCCGAGUACAAGCGGAUCGUCGCCACAUGCAAGCAUUUCGCCGCCUAUGACCUUGAGAACUGGAUGGGCAAUGUCCGCUACGGCUUUGACGCUAUAGUGUCCAUCCAGGACCUUUCCGAGUUCUACACGCGUUCGUUCAGGACUUGCGCGCGUGAUGCGAACGUCGGAGCGUUCAUGUGCUCCUACAAUGCCGUGAACGGUGUGCCGUCAUGCGCGAACUCCUACCUGCUGCAGGACAUUUUACGCGAGCACUGGGGAUGGACGAACGAAGACCAGUGGGUUACCUCCGAUUGCGAUGCCAUUGAAAACAUCUAUCAACCGCACUAUUACGCUCCCACUCGUCAAUUGACCGUCGCAGAUGCUCUCAACGCUGGUGCGGAUCUCGAUUGUGGCGAGUAUUAUCCCUUGAACCUCGGCUCUGCUUACGAGGAAGGCUUGUUCAACGUCUCCACUCUCGACCGCGCUCUCAUCCGGUUGUACUCAUCGCUCGUCAAGCUUGGCUACUUCGAUCCCGCCGAGAAUCAGCCAUACCGAAGCAUUGGCUGGGAAAACGUAAGCACUCCCGCCGCUGAGGAGCUCGCCUAUACCGCCGCUGUCGAAGGCAUUACACUUCUCAAGAACGAUGGCACACUCCCCCUUUCCUCGUCCAUCAAAUCGAUCGCUUUGAUUGGUCCUUGGGCCAAUGCGACGACUGAGAUGCAGGGUAACUAUUAUGGAGUGGCGCCCUAUCUCAUCAGCCCGCUUAUGGCGGCGGAGGCGGCUGGCUACACCGUGUACUACGCCACAGGCCCCGGCAUCGACGAUCCAACGACGUCGUCCUUCCCUGCUGCCUUUGAAGCCGCUGCCGCCGCAGAUGCGAUAAUUUAUGCCGGUGGUAUCAAUACGGACGUCGAAGCGGAGGGAAUGGAUCGCUAUACGCUCGACUGGCCGGGCGUUCAGAUUGAUUUGAUCGACUCACUCUCGCAGUUCGGAAAGCCGUUCGUCGUGCUUCAGAUGGGCGGUGGCCAGGUAGAUGACUCGUGCAUGAUCCCAAACGCGGGCGUGAACGCGAUUAUCUGGGGAGGGUAUCCCGGGCAGAGCGGUGGCACCGCGCUGAUAGAUAUCAUCAUGGGCAAGGUCGCGCCUGCAGGAAGGCUGCCCAUCACACAGUAUCCUAUUGGCUACGUCUAUCAAAUCCCGAUGACAGACAUGUCACUGCGCCCGAGCGCGACGAGCCCAGGCCGUACGUACAUGUGGUACACCGGCACUCCUGUCUUUCCUUUCGGUUACGGCCUGCACUACACGAACUUCACUGCGUCACUCUCGGAGUCCUCGGCGUCAUCGUACGACAUCUCAACGCUCGUUAGCGGCUGUUCUGGCUAUGAGCACCUCGACUUGUGCCCCUUCGCCUCGUACACUGUGAACGUUACGAAUACGGGCAACAGUGUUUCAUCAGACUUUGUUGCGCUCCUGUUCGUCGCCGGCGAGCAUGGACCAGCACCAGUGCCUAACAAAGUCCUCGCCGCGUACAGCCGCCUCCAUUCCGUUGCGCCACUGUCGAGCCAGACCACCACGCUCAACCUCACUUUAGGGUCCCUUGCUCGGGCCGACAGCUACGGCAACACGAUUCUAUAUCCCGGAGAGUAUGAUUUGGUCCUCGACGUCGAUGCAAAAUCGACCGUAAGCUUCUCACUUACCGGAAAUGAGUCAGUGUUGGACUAUUGGCCCCAGCCUACAGCUUGA